AUACUGGUUGGUUCCAGUAUAGGCGGCUGGCUCAUGCUGCUGGCAGCCAUUGCAAGACCAGAGAAGACUGCAGCACUGGUUGGCAUCUCCACUGCCGCUGAUCACAUUGUCACAGUAUUCAACUCUCUGCCUCUGGAGACACGCAAGGAGUUUGAGGAAAAGGGGGAGUGGACACUGCCCACCAAACACUCAGAGGAGGGUUUUUACAAGUUUAGCAUGGACUUUCUGCGCGAGGCAGAAAAUCACUGUGUGCUCCAGAGUCCCAUCCCCAUCACCUGCCCUGUACGGCUCAUUCAUGGGCUCAAAGAUGAGGACGUCCCCUGGCACAUCUCCAUGCAGGUUGCAGAACGCGCCCUCAGCCCCGAUGUGGAUGUCAUUCUUCGGCGACAUGGCCAGCACCGUAUGUCUGACAAAGACGACAUCAAGCUCAUGGUCUACACUAUUGACGAUCUCAUAGACAAGCUGACCACUUUGGUCUGAGUAAGGGAUGGGAGAGUAAGCUUGAAAGGUUGCUGAGAUAAGGAGAGGAUUGUUUACUGGAAAGUCAACCCUCAAGCAAUUUACCAAACACUGGCAUGUUUCUCUGCCAAAUAUGACCUUGUAUCAUCUCUGUUAUUCUCCCAGUACUUCAUCUGUCAUUACAACAUGCCGUUACGGUGCAAACUAAAUUGAAAGGGAGCUCUCCUGCUAGCUGUUCCCUUAUAUCUUCAGGUUGCAUUUGUAUGUGUUCCAGGUUAUUAUAUGGAGUGUUAUGUUGGCCUUUUUUAGGUCUGCCAUUGCUGCUGUCUCUGCAGUUCUUAUUGUUUGUCUGUUUUUUUUCUUCCCUCUCUUUACUUAGACGCAUAGUUUUCCUGUGCCUUUUUUAAUCACUUUUCACCCAUUUUGGCCAAUAAAACCUCUGCACAGUA